GUGAUCGUUGUGGUGGUGAUGGUGUCGGUGGUGAUGGUGAUGGAGGUGAUCGUGGUGGUGGUGACGGUGGUAAUGUUGGUGGUGGAGGUGAUCGUGGUGGUGGUGACGGUGGUAAUGGUGGUGAUGGAGGUGAUCGUGGUGGUGGUGACGGUGGUAAUGGUGGUGAUGGAGGUGAUCGUGGUGGUGGUGACGGUGGUAAUGGUGGUGGUGGAGGUGAUCGUGGUGGUGGUGACGGUGGUAAUGGACGUGAUGGUGGUAGGAGUGAUGGUGGUGGUGGUAGUGAUGGUGGUGGAGGUGAUGGUGGUGGUGGUAAUGGUGGGGGUGGUGAUGGUGGUGGAGGUGAUGGAGAUGGUGGUGGAGGUGAUGAUGGUGGUG